GGCUCCAUCCUUCUGGCAGGCUGUGUACUGAGGCUGUACGGGAGCGCUGAGGGGGCCCUGGGUGCCAGGCAGAGGCACAAGUGGGCUGUGACAGAUUGGGGAAGGGAACGGAGCUCAGAGCAGCUGGCUGAGUUACCCAGGGCCAGACAGCUAACAAGGGGCAGAGCCAGGAUCCAAACUCAGGAGCUGCUUGGAGAUGCUGCUGUUCCUCCUGCUGUUCUUCCUGCUGCUGCCGCUGGCCGUGCUCUGGCGGCGGCGGCCGUCCCAGGAUGCCGGGCUGUCCUGGCUGGUCCGUCUCCAGCACCGUGUGGCAUGGGGGGCCCUGUGCUGGGCAGCCGCCUGGCAGCGGAAGAGCCUAGCGCAGAGCACGCUGCACGCGGGCCAGAGCCAGCAGCGGGCCCUGAGGCGGUGUCUGCAGGGAGCCCAGAGUCCCCGCUGCCCCCUCAGGGGAAGCACAGAUAUAGGCAUCUUCCGGAAUCAUCUCCCUCUGACCAAGGCCAGCCAGCUCCAGGAGGAAGAAAGUGGAGGGCAGCUCUUGCCCCCUACCUCAAACCAGUACCGUGGGGAGGCCUCUCUGCAGGCCACCUUGCUUGGUCUGGCAGCCCUAAAGAAGACCUGCCCAGAAGUGCUGGCUCCAGAAGGCACGGCCCGUGUAACCCCUUCCUCCCCUUGGCCCUACCCCCUCCCUUGGCCUUGGCAUGCACUGGGCCAGUUGGGCCCUGCUGGAACCAAGGACCCUAGGGCCCUGCUGCUGGAGGCACUGAGGUCCCCGGGGCUGCGGGCUCUGGAAGCUGGGACGGCGGUCGAGCUCCUAGACGUCUUCUUGGGCCUGGAGGCCGAUGGCGAAGAGCUGGCUGAGGCAAUAGCUGCUGGGAACCCAGGAGCAUCUCUCCCCAGACGGGCAGCUGAGCUGCGGGAGGCCCUGGAGCAGGGACCCCGAGGACUGGCCCUUCGGCUCUGGCCAAAGCUUCAGGUGGUGGUGACUCUGGAUGCAGGAGGCCAGGCUGAGGCUGUGGCUGCCCUGAGGGCCUUGUGGUGCCAAGGGCUAGCCUUCUUCUCACCUGCUUAUGCUGCCUCUGGAGGGGCGUUGGGCCUGAGUCUGUGGCCAGAGCAGCCCCAUGGCCUGUACCUCCUGCCCCCUGGAGGCCCCUUUAUUGAGCUGCUCCCACUCAAGGAAGGAACCCGGGAAGAGGCUGCCCCCACCGUCCUACUGGCCGAAGCCCAGAAGGGCAAGGAGUACGAACUUGUGCUGACUGACCACACCAGCCUCACCAGGUGCCGCCUGGGUGACGUGGUCCAGGUGGUUGGUGCCUACAAUCAGUGUCCGGUCGUCAGGUUCAUCUGCAGGCUGGGACAGACCCUGAGUGUUCGAGGCGAAGACACUGGUGAGGACGUGUUCUCUGAGGCCUUGGGCCGGGCGGUGGGGCAGUGGCCAGGGGCCAGGCUGUUGGACCAUGGCUGUGUGGAGAGCAGCAUUCUGGAUUCCUCCGAGGGUUCUGCUCCCCACUAUGAGGUGUUUGUGGCACUGAAGGGGCUAAGGAACUUGUCGGAGGAAAAUCGAGACAAGCUUGACCACUGCCUUCAGGAAGCCUCCACUCGCUACAAGUCCCUGCGGUUCCGGGGCAGCGUGGGCCCUGCCCAAGUCCACCUGGUGGGGUGGGGGGCCUUCAGAGAACUGCGGGCAGCCCUCACUGCCUGCCCCUCAGCCCCCUUCCCUCCUGAGAUGCCCCGGGUCCUCAAGCACAGGUACCUGGCCCAGUACCUGCAGAGGAGGGUGGUGUCCUGAGCUGAGGCCUGCCCACUGCCCUGUUCACCAUCACGGGCUGCCUCGCUCUUUCCUCUGGGGCCCCUCUGGAUGGGGAGCCCUUGGCCAGGGUCUUCGAGUGUCAGCUGACGGUUGCCCAUCAGAGCUGCUGGGCCUUAGGGAGGCCCGACCUAGUCUGUCAGUUCUGAGGAGUUGACUUCAGGGAUAGAGCAGACACCAGCAGCGCCCCAUCUGGAGCCCCCCGGCCCACCCUGGAGGACCCUGGGGUUCCAGCCCACGCUGACAGUGCCUGUGUCUCUCAGCCCAUGCACCAGGCAGGCUGGAAGUGUUGGGAGUUAAUGCUCUCAGGAGUGACCCUCAGGCAGCAAGGAACAGGAGUUGGUGAUCA